ACGAGAGAUUCACGAUAACGAGGCUGAGGACCAGGAGCUGCUUUCAUGCAGCCUCAGUGAUGAGACGAGGGGCUCAGAGUGGCGGGCGAGAUUGGCCAGCUGUGAUUGGUCGAGCCUAGUGAAGGGGCGGGGUGUUUGUGCGUGUGCGUGUUUGUGUCUGCGGUCAUACAGACGCACUGUACUCCAAGGAGGAUCUGACGGCGAACGGGGACAACCUCAUCAUCCCAGUCUGAAAAGCCUACAGCGUUCAGGAGAAUGGACUUUAGCUUCCGUGAUAAUAAUGCAUGCGGGGCUCCCAAGCCAGGCCAGGACAGCCUGCUGAAGAAAGACUUUGUGGCUAGUCCAGAGGCAAAGAGCAUUGACAACAAAGCUGGUGAGAGGACAGAUGGGAAGAGCGAAGCCUUCCCAGGGUCUGGAUUCCUUUCUGGAAUGCCUGGGGGGCAGACUGGGAGCCAGUUUCAGGGUUUCCUAGGAGCAAGCCGCCCUGGGGCACCUGAAAAAACGCUCUUCAGCACUGACGUAUCAGGGUUCUCCCAGCCAGCAAUGAAUAUGAGUGCUAAUAUGAAUGUGGGCAUGGCCCCGUUCCAGUCCUCUAAACCUCCCAGCUUGGCUGAACCUCAGAAGACAUCUACUCUGCAUGCCAAUGAACCACCCAAACCACUCCAGCCACCGAGUAAACCUUCUGACACAAGCCCUCUUAACACCUCGGACACCUCUGCAGUUUGGGGAAACCCUUGGACAGGUGAGGACAAGCUCUCCACAGAGCUGUCCCAUUCCCCCAACAAACCAGAGCAGAAUCCCACUAAGCCUUUGGGUAUCCAAGGAUAUCAGGAUCAAGAUGCUACAUCUGAGAAAGAGUCAAAUGAAGGAGGCCAGCAGAAGAGGAAGAAAAAAUGUGAUGAUACGGAAGAGGUGCACGGUCUCUUGGAAAGCCUCCGGUCUCCUGAGAAAACUCUAUCAAAAAGCACUGACCAGGAAGGCUCUUCACCCCCAAGUCCAGGGGAAAGCUGGAAGAGCGAGAUUCGAGAGUGGGGUGGAGGCCGGAUCCAAGCCAAAAAAAGCAAGAGCAGAACAAAGCUCCCUGAAGAGUGGGCCACCAUGGCAAAUACCAGCAGUCCAUCUCCUCCACCUGGCCCAAGUCCCUCUGUGGUCACAGACAUGGACGUUUGUACUGCUUCUACCACUAGCAAUGAACAAGGGAGUGCACCACCUUCUAUGACACCAGAUGCUUCAUCUCUUACAACCACAGUUCAAUCAGUUACCCCAACUGCAAGUCAGACAAAUGUUAUCUCACCAUCUACGAUUUCAGACCCUUCCCAAAGCACCCCAGUAGUAACUGGCUCCUCACAUACAGCCCCAGAUUUCACCUCUGGCUUUAAAACUAGUGUAGGUUCCAUCCCUAGCCCACAGACCAGCACUACCUCCCUGAACAUUUCCACUAUGUCUGACCCCGCCCCCUCCCUUCCAGUCACCUCCAGCACUGUAGUAAGCCAAAACCCUCCAGCUUCGGCUUCCCUCACCUCACUCACAAAGCACCAGGAGCCACCGCUGACAAAGUCCCCCCAACUGCAAGUGAAAGAAGGCUUCACUGCUAAAGACAAGACAGAGAAGAUGGAUACAACUGCGAAGAUGGAUAGUUCCAGCACACUUGGGAAAGCAGACAAGCCUGAAAAGACAGAGAAGAUUGAUACCUCCAUGAAGAAAGAGAGUUUGGACAAGAAUCAAGAGGCAGAGAAAAAGGACCAUAAACCUGAGAAGAACGAGAAAGUUGAGAAAGCUGAAAAAACAAACAAUGAGGGGAAAGAAGAGAAGAAGAAUGGCAGUGAAAAGGUAGACAAGAUGGUCAAAAAUGAGAAGAAUGAGAAGGCUGGUAAAGAGACAGUCAAACCCACUACAGCUAAUGGAAAUAAAGAACUGAUCAGCCCUGACAGCAAAGCUAAGGCAGACAAACAGAAUUCAGCAAAACCAAACUCGCAUUCCACUGGAGAAAAUUCAGCCAGUAAAAAAGGCCCUGCAUCCAAGACAACGACCCCUACCAGUGGCACUAAGAAACUUUCUGGCACCACCUCUGCCCGCGAAGCAAAGACUCCAGAGAAUGGUGCUCCACCCCAGCGGAAGCCCCCUGUGCCAAAGUUUAAUGGCAGCACCAAGAGCAACACCCGCACUGCCCGGGGUUCCUCUGCUAAAACUCCGCCGAGGACAACCCCUACCUCCUCCUCAGCGAAUGCCAAUGCCCCAGCCACACUAGCCACCAAUGGGACCUCAACCACUCGCCCAUCACGCAUCACCAAACCCCCUGUUCCCAAGCAGGUUCCAUUACCAAGGAAGCCUCCAGUGCCGCGAGCACCCCGUAACAACCGAAUCGCUAACACCCCCCUGCCUGAUCUAAAAAAUGUGUCCUCUAAGAUCGGCUCCACAGACAACAUGAAGUACCAGCCCGGUGGAGGCAAGAUUCAGAUAGUCCACAAAAAGCUAGACUUCAGCCAUGUGACCUCCCGCUGCGGCUCCAAGGACAACAUCAAGCAUGUCCCAGGAGGAGGGAAUGUUCAGAUUCAAAACAAAAAGGUUGAUGUGAGCAAAGUGACCGCAAAGUGUGGCUCCAAGGACAACAUUAAGCACAAACCAGGUGGUGGUGACGUGGAAUCUCCUAAGACAAACAGCAGCCCCAAUGCCAAUGAAGGAUCACCGGAUGAUGUGAGCCAUAAACCAGAAGGCGACCAAAUCAAAGCUGGGGAGCAACAGCAGAAAUCCGAGGGAAGCCCACCUGCCCCUGCUGCAAGCCUCCCCAGUCAGGCAGACAAAGGAGCUAAGGAGAGUGGGCUGAAGGAGGGCUCCUCUGCUGUUCCCUCUGGGGGAGAGGGGUUCUUGAACUCCCAGGGCCUGGACAAGCGUAUCACUGCGACAAACUGAGUCUUACAUGCUGAGCUUCCAAGAGGAUGCACAAGCUCACACGGACCGUGGCACCAAUAUCAUCUCCUGGUCCUCCCCGAGUGGCAGCCACCUCCCACCCACAUUGCAACACCUCUCGCAGUGUUUCUCCGGGGUCCACAGUCUCCCUCGUCUCAGUCCAGCCUGUCGCAUCUAGUUGCCAGGGAAUGGGUUCAAACAAGUACACUAGCAGUACACAAGCUGACCCGUUAAAACCUGCAUUUAUCUCACCAUUGUCAACAGCUUCUUCUCUCUUCUUUAACCAUGUUCUCUGUUUCCCCAGAUAUACACAGAUCAGAUCUCAAGGCAAGGCUUUGACAGGUUUGUGGUUUCAUUCAGGAUAAUCCAUACUUGGUUUCCUUCAUAAACUUGUCUGAAUGCAGGAUGUUGGUAGCCUCAUACAACCAUCCUGAAACAUUUUUUUGUUUGCUUUCCAAGUUAGAUUUUCUGUGGGGGUCAGCAACGCUAGUGGUGAAACUUGAAAACAAGAACAGUGGCUGCACCAAAUGCUUACGACCAUUUGGUAGCACCAGCACACUUAAACAGUAUGAAACAACAAAAACCUAGACAAAAAUAAAAUUAGUUUCAGGAUGGUUCUACGAGGCUAGCAGGUUGGAGGUUAAGUAUGAAUGGAAACCACUGGGUAGGAUUAAGUUUAUUUGGUCAGUACCAGUAUCCACUUCACUAUCCUCUACUGCCACUAUAACCAUUAGUAUAUCAACACUACAGUGCGUUGCUCCAAGAUUAUAAAUGAACCAGUAUUAUUUGUCCCUUUGGCAGCAGGUAUCCUUCAAUGGAAACUAUAGAGUUCACUUCAGUUGUGUCUUGUUCAAUUAUUAUGGCCGUCAGUAAGCACCCACUAUUACAAGCAUGCCAGACUGUCUGUUUAACCUAAUUAAAUCAACAAACACCACCUACUCCUAACAUGUUACCUCCAUACAUAGAACACUACUAGGCACUUGUAGGCUGUUUGAAUAGUAGGACAUUUACAGUUCCACUGUAAUGUGCAUAGAUUACAGUAACAAUGAGUCAUUACCUUGUCUGUCACUUAUAUCAGCAUUUCUCUGAUCUCUAGAGUAACUGAAUAAUUAGUUGAACAUCAGGAUCGUAGAUUAACACACACCUUCCCAACGUUUACUGUAGCACAGAGUGGAGAAAAAGGCUCAGUCCCACAUGCUAUAUGAGUGUUAUGAGAGUAUGCCAGGAGCAGAAGGAAGAGGCAGUAAGAAAAGAAACAUGAGAUGCUGUGGGACAUAUGAAGGCGUAUUAUGCAGGAGGGAAGCAUGCUGACACAGCACGACGAAAAUACAAAAUCAGGUCCAUCUCACUGUCCAUGAUUAGGAGAUGUUCUGUAUGAUACCCAUUGAUAUGGUUGUGAAAGAACUGAAGAACUAACUAAACUUAGCAUAUGACAAUGUGAUUGAGGGACAAUCGAUUACAUUUUAACUCCAAUUAAUGUUGCAUUAAAGUUGCCAAGUGGUAUCUAACUGAAUGCUGUUGGCCAGUUUAGUAUUUUAUUAAUUUGCCUGCAUCAUAAGGAGCUGCCACGUAAUCAAAGGCAUAAAAAGGUGUUUUUUUAUACCUCAGUCGGCCCAAGAGGUGUAGCAAAAUUAAUAUUUGAUCCACCCCUUCAGUUUUAUUCAUUUUUCUUCUUCCAAACUCCAAUUUGACACUGUUAGACUAUUUGGACUAUCUAACUACUUCGCAUUAGACCAGCGAUUUGUAAUCACAGUUCAUGUCAAGUAUCAAGAGGGAACAACAUCCAAGAACUUCUCCACUACAGGUUUGAUAGAACUUGAAAACACGACAUCCCACUGAAUUUCCAAAUACAGCACAGAAGCAGAAAGGAAAGCCCCUCCCUACAGUUUUCAAAAAGAAGAAAAACGUGUUCAGUGUAAAGUACAAACGCUUAAAAAGGAUGGUUU